AUGUCCACAGCAAGCGAACACAAAGAGCCCACAACACUGCCUCAACCUAAUCAGCAGUUUGGCUUCAGUGGAGUCAACUGGUCGGAAUACAUCAAGUUCCGACCAAUUUACCCAGCCUCCUUUUUCCAGAAAAUCUUUGCCUAUCAUUCCCAGAAGUCAAAAGCAACAUGGACCACAGCACAUGAUGUCGGUGCCGGCUGCGGCAUUGUGUCGGCGAGUCUCGCGCCUCAUUUCAACAACGUUGUAGUGUCAGAUCCCAACGAGGGCUAUACCACACUUGCGCGUAAACUUUUGGUCGAGGAAUCUCGAUUCCCGUCAUCCAAGCUCAGAUUCCUGCAAGAAAGCGCCGAGAACAGCUCUUUGGAGCCAGGCUCUGUUGACCUGAUCGCGGCUUGCGAGUGUAUACAUUGGACGAUACCCGAUGUUGCGAUCAAGGGCUUUGCGCGAGAGCUUCGUCCCGGUGGAACUUUGAUGAUCUCCCUCUAUACUCGGCCAUACAUUGUCAAUAACGAUCGUGCUCACAGAGCUUGGAAAGCCCUUUUCAGUUUCUAUGCCGAUCAAGUAAAAAGUCCGCUGUUGGAUCAUGCGGUUCGAAUUCUGAAUUCGGGGACCGAAUCUUGGGGUUAUCCUGAGGAGGAUUGGGAGUCUGUGAAGAGAGUCUAUCUCAAUGCUGAAGGGACUCUGGAUACUUUCAAGAUGAAUGGACUUGCGGCUGAAAGUCAGGUCAAGGAAGGGGAGGAAAUUGUUUGGGAAGAGAACGUCGAAGAUUGGAUGGACGAGCAAGAUGUGGAGUGGUUCAAAGGAUAUGCCGCUACAUGGUCGAAACCAGAUGUGGAAGAAGACAAAGUGAAGCCUCUCUGGGACGAACUGGAGCAGGCUCUGGGGGAAAGAAGGCUAGAAUUGCUACACCAGUUGCUUUAG